AUGUUGCCCUGGGCCCCUCUGCGGUGGGGCUCGGGAGAGGAGGAGGUGCAGGAGGAACGCGACCCCUCCACAGGCAGUGACUGGGGCGAGACCUGGAGCUCUGGGGAGGAGGCCCUAGAGGAGCCAGGAACGCCCCCUCAGGACAGCCCUCAGCUCCAGUCCCUAAGUUCCUCCAGGACCCUGAGGAUUCAGCUGCCACCUGGCAGUCCCCCAGGCCUGGCUUCUGAGCAGUCCCCAGGAACCCCCGCUCCCCUUCCCCCCCAGAUGGCUUGGAAUGUGGCCCCAUCAAGGGUGACCCCGCUAGCACCCUGGGACCCUAACUAUGAGGCUGAAGGAGGACCUCAGCAGUGGGGGGCUAGCAGUGGGUCAGGCACCUCCUUUUCAGGCCGGACUUUGUGUCAUCCGUCAUUCUGGCCACUGUAUGAGGCAGCCUUCAGCAGGGGCCUCAGGCCCCUGGCCCCUACAACAGGGCAUCAGAAUGGAGAUGCAGUGCCACCCCAGCAUUUCCCCUCCCCAGGGUUCCCAGUGCUAAGCUGUGAAGAUGUCUUUCUCUCAGACCCUCUGCUGCCCUGUGGGUAUCGCAUUCCCCUGUACCUGGCGGAGGCCCCUCAGCACGUGAUGAGCUCAUUGCAGCUGCUGCUCCCACCGCCUAUUAUGUCCCCCUGGGUUGUCCCCACCCCAUCCCCUGGCUGCUCCACCGCCUUGCUCAGUGGAUCUGAGCUGAUUGCCCUCGCUGGCCUCCUGCAGAUCAGCCAGGGGGAACCGAGACCCAACUCCUCAGUGGCCCUCAUACCCCCUGCUGACUCCCCAGAUCUUGUCUCUGGUGACCCAGACCCCAGUGGUGACCCCAGCUGUUCUCACUUCCCAGACCCAUCUCUCCCACGGACCCCAGAUACCCAUUCUCCAUAG